CAUCCGACCACUUCUGUGCGCAGUGAGGCCGUGCCUGGCUUUCUGAUGGAGCUUAUCUGCCUCUCUUUUGCUUGACGGUCCUAAUUCCCGCCUGCACCAUGAUGUCGCGAUACACGAUAUACGUCGGAGUCUCCACACUCCUAGCAAAUGCUGUCCUCUUCCGCGCGUACUACGAGCGCCCCAACUUCUACUCCGCCGCCGUCUACAUAUCACAAAGCAAUGGCUCGCUCAUGCUCCUGGUCAAUCUCGCCCUCAUAUGCUGUCUCAGCUUUGGGUAUGGCCUCCAAAGGCUCCUCUAUGGCCCUCUCCGCCCCAUCGAAACCGAACAACUCUAUGACAAAGCCUGGUUCGCAGUUAGCGAGACACUGCUGGCAAUGACUAUAUUCCGAGAUGAUAUAGGGUUCUCAUUCUUUGUCAUGUUCCUAUGCCUCCUCGGCGGCAAGGUCUGGCAAUGGAUUGGGGAAGGUCGCGUGGAAUUCUUGGAGCAACAACCGCCCGCUAACCCCCGCCUCUUCCACUCCCGGCUCUCAGUGUCCUUGUUGUUGUCGGUGGUGUUUGACGUCUUUAUGAUGCAGUAUUGCAUUGAUACUAUACUGCGAGAAGCGCGUCCCGGAAUGAUGGUUAUGUUUGCUUUCGAAUAUGCGCUCCUCGCCAUUGUCUCGGUCUCUACACUCCUCCGAUAUGUCCUAUCACUCGUCGAAAUGUUGGUCAUCCACCGCCAGACUAAGGCCAGGGACGAGGCUCAGAGAUUGGCGACAGCAGAGGCGCAACGACAGGUACAAGCCGGUGCAGAUGGACAAACGGGCACCGACGCCAAUGUUCAGGCUGUUGUUGAAGAGGAUGAUGACGAUGACGACGAGGAUGUUCCUGGAUGGGAAGAAAAGGGUCGUUGGGUUUUCUACCUUGAUCUAACUACUGAUUUCAUCAAGUCAGUGGUGUACUGUGGCUUCUUUACGAUUCUCAUAGCAUUCCACGGAAUACCCAUUCAUAUCAUGCGCGACCUCUUCUUCACUAUUCGAUCAUUCAUCAAAAGGAUCCACGACUUCAUGCAAUACCGGAACGCAACAAAAGAUAUGAACGCUCGUUAUCCAGAUGCGACGGUCGAGCAGCUUGCCAAUGAGAACACUUGCAUCGUCUGCCGUGAGGAGAUGCGACCAUGGGUUGAGCCUGGCGCAGAAGGAGCUCGUCCAGGGCGACGGAUGGAUGAAAGACAGCGACCUAAGAAGUUACCCUGUGGGCACAUCCUCCACUUCGGCUGCCUACGCAGUUGGCUCGAAAGACAACAAGUUUGUCCAACUUGUAGGCGGCCGGUCCUUGCUGAAGCGAAUACGCCGCGUGCUCCACAAGCGAAUCAAGGUAAUGCAGGAGCUCAAGGGAACCAAGCGCAGCAGAAUCCGCCGAACGACUUACAAAAUUUCUUCAACAGGAUAGGAGGCCGACCGGCCAACCAACCGCAAAACGGACAGAACGGACAACCAGGGGCACAAGUCAUUCGAGCGAACAAUGUGCGAACAUGGAAUCUCGGGCCAUUCAGAUUAGUGAUUGGGAAUAUGGCUGUUCCCGCAGCAGCCAACAAUGCUCAGAACCGAGCGCCAACACAGCAACACAACGCGCAGUUGAACAACCUCGUACACCAAGGCCAACCGAUAAAUGGCAUGCUUGGUGUAAACAACGGCGACGUUCAAACAGACAUUCUGCGUAUCCAGGAGAACAUCAUCAAUUCUAUUCGGCAGCUUCAUGCCCAGCAUGGCCAGCUUGAGCAAUUGCAAGCCCUACUCGCGCAGCUUCACACGCUUCAGCAGGCGACUGGUGGGCCGGCGAACGUCCAACUCCCCAAUGUCCAGCCCUUGAACGCAAAUUGGGGUCCAGCAGGAGCUCAACGGGCGUAUCUCCCUGUGGAAGGACAAGCAGCAAUGGGACCCGGUCAUGCGGAUCUCCCAGGAGGACUCACACUUCCACCAGGAUAUACUUUGCGACGGAUGGUGCCGGUGCCAACUCCCACUGAGGCACCGAGCACGCUGGCAUCUCCGGCGCCGCAGAGGGCACCCUCGGACCACAUUCGACGUGCACUUUAUCCUGAAGCUCAUCAGAACAACGGUCAGCAAAAUAACCAGGGAUCCCGGGCAACUAGUCCUGGUGUUACUGGAACAACCCAGAACACGUCUCCUAGUACUACAGCUAAUGCGGACGGGCCGGCUCAGGGCACGCAUUCCGGGUUUGUGCCGUCGGGUUGGAGCUUUGGCAAUACAUCUGCUGCUAGUGGUCAAGCCGAGGGCUCGUCGAGCAGCGCUGCUCAAACUGCUCCUCGUCAGGCUACAGUGGAGGACUCGGAGGAUCGAAAUGACUGAUGAAGAAUUGGGUUUCAUUUGGGUUAUUUGUAUUCGGGCACUUUGGCAUAGCGAGGCGUUGGGGUUUACCGCAGGUGGUUUCUUUCAGGAUCCUCAGGGCUGUAGAAUAGCAAUUUUAGGACACCGCACGCACGGUGUCUAUUUUCCUUCACCGUCUCGUUUCAACGAUUCACACAACGUGAGUCACCGAGCAACUUGACUCGUGGGAGGAGCUCCAGGACGUCUAUCCGAGGAAGCCAGCAAGCCGGAAUAAAUCUAGC